AUGUCAGAUUUGGUGGGACAAUGUCCUCUACCAGAGCUUGCGGAGGCCCUGAGACCAUAUAUCAGGCCGCGCGAGGAAGUCACCGAGAUUAGGCGAGGCAUAGAUUCACUCUUGAGCCAAUAUGUCCAGGAUCAGAACGUUCCCAUCUCGAGAGUGACAUUGUCUACAACAGAGACAUCUGCACAGGCCGCACUCAACAGCCCCUUCAAUGGUGUACGGCGGGCUUUCAUGCAAGCACUCAUUGCACGCCAAAAAGCACAAUCUCAGUACGACGCCUUGAAAGCCGAACUGGACCUUCUACAGCGUACCCCUGGAGAAGAGGAUAAUGAUGAGAGGCAAGAGAACCCGGUCGCUGAGACUGUAGCACUCAUUCGUCAAAGGCAACGACGAGACAAACUUUUGGUCAUCGAAAAGACACUGGACAACCUGGAAAAUGUCAGGCACAAUUCACGAUUUGCAGACCCAAGUGAGCUGUUGAACGGUAUGCAAUCUCAGAUACCACCACCGCUUGCACAACAGUCCCAAGACGAAUCAUUGGCAGACGCAGAAUCUCAUGUCUUCGAGUUGCAAAAGGCCGUGCUGCGUGCCCAGAGCGGUGGCCGAUCCAAGGCACACACCAAUUCUCAUCAACAAUCCGUAACGGAAGAUUGGAAACGCGCGUAUGCUCUUCGGAAAGCUCGGGAUGACUUGAUUGCAUGGAUUGAAGGCGAACUUUCAAAGUUGUCAGAAGACGAAGAGUCCAUGCAUCAAGAUAUGGACGUGCCAGGAGACAGUGGGACGGAGUCACUGGACGAGAUCAAAGCAACACUUCGGGACCUUUACAACAAAUACCUCACUUCACGAGAACGUCUUGUUCGCGUCCUGAACACAAAACUCAAAACCGACUCAGAACCAGUCAAAUUCCCACUUGAGAGGCAACAAUCGGAAAACGACAACGACGAAUUGAGUAAUGCUGGGCUCGCUUCAAAAGUUCUACCUUACAUCGGUGUCCUCCGAUCUACUGCCCAAGAGGAAGCAGCCUUAAUGCAGCACACUUCUUACCUACGACGACAGAUCACAGCUGUUUCGGCUGAGACAGAGCAAUUGUUGGUGCGCCUUUCGGACGAGAGCCAUAUGGUCAGACCAGGUACAUCACAUACUGCCUCCUGGGCUGAAGCAGCAAAAGAUGCAAGAAACGGCGACAAGGAUGUUGUUCACUCUCAAUUGGUCAAAGGUGAGACCAGCAUUGGUAGUGUCGGGAAAUUCUUGGCCUCGGCGUAA